AUGUGGCCGUUGCUGGGCCCUCGUCCUGCCAUGGCUUGUCGCUCUCGGAGAGCAGCUCUCCUUGCUGUGACUUUCUGCGUGUUAUGGCUCGGCCUGCUUCCUCAUGGAUCCCAGAGCACGGCGUUCGCGUCGCCUGCCAAAGGGAAAAAGCAACAAGUCAGCAUGUUCGACAUGGCGACAACCGCGAGAAAGACAAAGUCCAAGACGUCUAAGCCGAAGUCCAAGGCAAAGGGCACAAAAGCCAGAGCGGAGAAGAAGGUAAAACCAUUUCCAAGCAAGGCUGGUGAUUCCUUCUUGCCAGCGCAGGGUGCCUGUGUAGCGGGAGCUUUUCUGCCAGUACAGUAUCCGACAGAGCAGCUUGACAUUGAAAAGAUCUUGUUUUCGCCAGACUCCAGCUUCAAGAUUGGCCUUGGCAUCACCAUCGUGGGAUUUCUCAUCGGCUUGGUCUCCAUCGUUACCGUAACGGCGGCGAUGGAGGACAAGAACGGCCGACUGGCGACGUCAGGCCCAUUCGCAGUCAUAAGGUCUCCAACCUAUACCGGCUUCAUCAUCAUGUGCGCCGGCGCCUGCGUCAUGGCGAACUUCAGUCCUGUCCGGGCCUUUUUCACUGUGGCUUUGGCCGUGGUCCUCGCGCUCAAGCUGGCCGAGGAGGAGGAGGCCUUGCUGGAGGCGCGGCCGGAGGAGUGGACGCGAUACACGAAGAAAGUUCCGUUCAAGCUUGUGCCCUUCCUUUGGUGA